CUUCGUAAAAACCAUUUCCGAAAAAGAGUCUAAAGAAGUGAAGAACAAGAAAUCUAAGAAGAAAACAAAAUGGCCGUCCCCACUGAUGAUAUGGAGAUGGAGAAGAUUGCCGAAGAUGAACUAUCCAAAUUGCAGAGACAGUUCCGAGUGAUGGAGAUCGACCGAGCGACGGUGACGAGCAGCGUGCAGCCGACUCUGAGGGUGCAGAGGAAUAUAAUCAGGAGUCUCAACACGGAAUUGGAGAAGAUCAUGAUGGAACUCAAGCUAACGAAAAGCACAUCGAACGUUCUAGAAAACGCCAGAACCCGCCAGAAUCUGGUAUCACUUCUAUCGGAGCACGAGAGAUGUUCAGCGGAGGUGAAACAGCAUAGGGCUACCAUCAGCGAGCUGGACUUCCUCCUCAGACAGGUGCAAAAGGAAAUAAAGGGUCUCAAGAGCAAAGGCACUGGAUGCGAAAUGGAGUACGCCAACACCCUAACCAAUCAGACGAUGCUGAGCCAGCUGGAGAACCGACUGGAUACGGCCAUGAAGAAGUUCAACACGGUCAACAGUGAGAACUUCAACAUUCGCCUCGAGAUAGACAAGUUGCUUAGAGAUCGCCAAUUUUUCAACAUGAUCUGGAAGGGCCAGGUGAAGCGACUGAUGGACGGCAAGACCCAGAUUUUGGAUUUGGUAGAACAAGCCAUCACCACGUACGACCAGAGGGAAGAGUGGUGCUCCAAACUCGACGCCUUGAAGGAGAAGGCUGCUGUGGAUUACAGGAAGCAUUGCAUGGAAGUCCGCGAGCUGCAAAGGCAGCUGGAUCACAGCUUAAAGUUAGAGGAGUUCCUGAGGACAAAGGGAACGGUCAGACUGACAGCAGCCGACGCCAAGGCCGAGGCGAAGAGGCUGGAGCAGCAAGAAGCUGAAUUGAGGACUUAUAACAACUAUGUUAACAUCUUGGAGGCUAUUAAGGAGUUUGCCGGCGAAGAUGACGUGUCCAAGUUGAUCCUGGAGUUCAACCGGCGCGAGGAGGAGAACUAUGCGUUGUUCAACUAUAUCAACGAAGUCAACACAGAGUUGAAGAACUUGAACGAUAAUGUUAAGACGCUUAAAGUUACCAUUGAGGAAGAACACGCCAAAUACGAAGCCAAACUUCUCCAGCAGCAGGACAGCAUAGAGUCUCUGAAAUCCACUUUGGAGAAGAAGAAAGAGUCGACGAAGAAUCUCCGCGUGGCGUGCGAGAGAAGCGAGGAAGUGUUGGCUAUCCUGCUCCAACACAUACAGACUUUGGCUCAGUCUUCCGAGUGCAACUCACUUCCACUACUCAAACUCCUUGGCAAGUACUUCGAGGUGAACGUGACAAACGCGCGACUUUACAUCAAGAGUUUAGAGAAGAAGAUAUCGGAGAUAGUCGACGUCAUCAAGGUCGAUGAGUACUUACAACGCUGGUCGGACAGCAAGGAGCGCACGCCGCCGUCGUCCCGGCGCCGCCGCCCGCGCCCCGCGCCCUCCCCGCGCGCCCCCACCCGCACGCCGCUGCCUCUCUCACAGAGAGGAUAGACUACAAAGGCUAUCUACCAAGAGUUUAGCGGAAUCCGAAUGUCAUGUUUUGAAUAUUGUUUUGUAAUUGUUUCUAAAAUGUUACUCAUAACUAAAUUUAUACACUGCCCGAAUCAUAUUAUUGGACCUUAAUGCUACUGCGUUAAGACACAAAUUUGUCUGUACGCAAUAUAAGUAAUAUUCAAUUUGUUUAACUAAAACAAUGUAACACUUAAAAA